AUGCUCGGAACUGUUCGCCGAUAUGGCGUCGUUCACGCUCUACGGGCCUCCGUUCCCCGAUCCCUCUACAAGUCGAAUUCGCAGCUGCUAAGAUGGCAAGCCCCUUCGACUUCGGUCUUCUCUCAGUCAGUACGGCUGCUCCACAAGUCGCCUUCUCUGUUCUCUGCCGCGUCUGCUGAGGCGCAGGUACAAACUGAUGCCCCCGAGGCGGCCGAGCGACACACCGAGUUUUCGCAACUGUCUGAGCAGGGGCUCGUGAACCCCAGAAUCAUUCGAGCCAUCGUGAAAGAUAUGAAAAUCCAGACCAUGACCGACGUCCAAAGUCAAACUAUCCAAGAGAUCUUACAGGGAGAUGAUGUUUUGGCCCAGGCUAAGACGGGUACGGGAAAGACACUUGCCUUCCUUACACCUGUGCUUCAGAAUAUCAUGAAGGAUCCAUCUAUUCAACAGGGCGGUUCGAGACGUUCGUCUCACGCGUCUGCUUCGGAUAUCCGCGCCCUUAUCAUCUCUCCUACUCGUGAGCUGGCAGAACAAAUCGCCAAGGAGGCUCGGCGACUGGCUGCUCACACCAAUGUUGUCGUUCAAACUGCGGUUGGUGGUACUCAUAAGCGUGAGGGUCUGCGUCGUAUCCAACGCGAAGGUUGCCAUCUGUUGGUUGGCACCCCCGGUCGCCUCAAGGAUAUUCUCUCGGAUCAUCGCAGUGGCGUUACGGCUCCAAACCUGUCUACUCUGGUCCUGGAUGAGGCCGACCGUUUGCUGGAUGACGGAUUCUCGGAAGAUAUUAUGGAGAUUCAGCGCCUUUUGCCUGACCCUAUGAAGGUUGAACGCCAGACACUCAUGUUCUCCGCAACCGUCCCCAAGGAGGUCAUGAAGAUGGUUCACCUGACCAUGAAGCCUGACUUCAAGUUUAUUAAGACUGUCCGCGACAAUGAGGUCCCCACCCACCUCACUGUCCCUCAGAAAUACGUUGUUCUCAAGGGUUAUGAGAACGCAUUCCCGGCCCUCCUCGAGUAUGUCACGAGAUACAUCGAGGCAAGCAAUGAGGAUCCCACUCGACGGCCAUUUAAGGCGAUUGUGUACUUCAAUUCGACCGUACAGACGAACCUCGCUUUUGAAACGUUCCGUCAAAUCUUUGAGGACCGCAGAAGCCAGUUGCGCGAUGUGCGUCUCUUUGAAAUCCAUUCGCAACUGACUCAGGCACGGAGAACUCGAUCGUCCGAUCAUUUCCGGGCUAGCCGAUCCGCCAUUCUGUUCUCGUCUGAUGUGACAGCCCGUGGUAUGGACUUCCCCGAUGUGACCCACGUCUUCCAGUUCAGUCUGCCCAAGGACCGUGCCACCUAUAUCCAUCGUUUGGGUCGUACGGCACGUGCGAACAAGACUGGUGAAGGCUGGCUGUUCCUUCAUAGGGGAGAGUUGUCGCUGUUCGACAGGCAGCUGUCUGGAAUUCCCAUCGAGCAGGAUAGAGAGACAUUCGCAUCGGCCCUUGUCGAUAUGACCCAACCUCGCAUUGACCCUGAGGGCCCUGCCACGCCGUUCAUUGAAAAGGUCGGCCAAGCUGUGAAUGAGAUCCCGAUAGAACUGAAGAGGAGAGCGUACAUGUCCCAGAUGGGUCCCCUGAGAGGUGUCUUCGAUCGCAAGCUGGACAUGGUUCACGCCAUCAACAGCCUCGUCGUUUACGGUUAUGGCUUGCGCGAACCUCCUAGACUUUCUUUCCAAACCGCCCGUAAUAUGGGCAUUGACCAAGUGCCAGGUAUCCGUCUCUAUGAUGCCCCUGCCCCUCGUCACAGCGAGUCGGCAGGACGUGAUUACCACAGAAACGAUCGCUCCCGCUACUCUUCCCCGGCCCGCCAGGACCGCGAUUUCAGAUCUGGAGACCGUGAACAGAGAUUUGGAUCGAGAUAUGACCGUCCUCGCAGAGAUGAUCGUGAUGCCGAUGACCACCUCGGAGUUGGCCGUCCUCGCGGCCGCAGAGAGAGGAGAGACAGCUUCUAA